CUGGCCUGGCCCGGGCCCCUGGCGGCAGCGGCGGCGACGGCAGUGGAGCAGGUCGGCCUGAGCUCGGAAGGGGGAGGAGAGCAGGUUGGGCUGUGGGUCAGGGCUCUGACUUGUGCCCGCUCAUCUCAGGCGUGUAUGCAAAUAUAGGAAAAUCAGGGCAAAGAGGAGCUGUGGCCCAACAGGGUGCUUUGGAAGCCUGCUGCUCUCUGCAGGAAACCCUUGGAACAACCUUCUGUAGAGAGGAGGAUGAACCCCUUCUGCUGGCAGCGAGCUUAUGAUGGAGAUACGCUGUGGCGGCCUCUUGUUCAGCUCCAAGUUUGACUCAGGAAACUUGGCUCACGUGGAGAAGGUGGAACACUUUGAAGGGGAGGGUGACAGCGCUGGUAAUGGCGGCAGUGCUACUUCCACCGCCUCUAUGGUGUUUGGCUGCUCCCUUCCCAUGGCAGACUAUGAAUUCAAUGUGUGGACCAAGCCGGACUGCGCAGACACAGAAUACGAGAAUGGAAACAGAUCUUGGUUUUAUUUUAGCGUGAAGGGAGGGAUGCCAGGCAAGAUGAUCAAGAUCCACAUUGUGAACAUGAACAAGCAGACCAAGCUUUACUCUCAAGGGAUGGCCCCCUUAGUCAAAACUGUGCCUAUCAGGCCCCGUUGGGAGCGCAUCCGUGAACGGCCUGCCUUCGAGAUGGUGGAUACCCAAUUCGUCCUGUCCUUUGUGCAUCGUUUCCUGGACUGUCGAGGUGCCACCACCUAUUUUGCCUUCUGCUACCCCUUUUCCUACACGGAGUGCCAGGACAUGCUGGCGCAGCUGGAUACUCAUUUUGCGGAGUGUAAACACCUCUCCCCCAGCAGCUCACUAGAUACCAUCUAUUACCAUCGGGAGCUGCUCUGCUUCUCACUGGACAAGCUCCGCGUGGACCUGCUGACCAUCACAUCGUGCCACGGCAUGCAGGAGGAACGGGAGGCCCGGCUGGAAAAGCUGUUCCCUGACAAGAACACGCCCCGACCUCACCACUUUGUGGGAAAGAGGGUGUUCUUUCUCAGCAGCAGGGUGCACCCUGGUGAGACACCCUCCAGCUUUGUCUUCAACGGCUUUUUGGAGUUCAUCUUGCGGGAGAAAGACCCUCGGGCCCAGAUCCUGCGCCGCAUGUUUGUUUUUAAGCUCAUCCCUAUGCUGAACCCAGAUGGAGUGAUGCGGGGCCACUACCGGACAGACUCCCGUGGCGUAAACCUCAAUCGCCAGUACUUGAACCCUGAUGCAGAGUUGCACCCUGCUGUAUAUGGGGCCAAGGCUGUCAUGCUCUACCACCACGUUCACAGCCGUGUACUCCCCUGUUCCCCUGACUGGCGCACCCAUGUUCCCCCCCUCAGCACCAAGGCGACUAAUCAGCAUUCUAUGUGCAACUGCCUCCCCAGUGAGGCGGCCCCCCUUUCCAAGCUGGAGGAAGCCAACAACCUCCGCAACUGUCUCAGAGAGACCUGUGUCCCCCCAUCUCAGGAUCCCGGGCCUUUGGAGGCACCGGGGAGCAAGGACCAGGAUGUCUGGAUCCUCUCAGAAGACCCAGCCUCUGAUUACUGUGAGAAUGAAGUAGAGAGCCUGCCGCUCAGUCCAGAAACCAUCCCACCUCAGGAGAGCGGGCUAGCCUACUAUGUCGAUCUGCAUGGACAUGCCUCCAAGCGUGGUUGCUUCAUGUAUGGGAACAGCAUUUCUGAUGAGGCCUACCAGGUUGAGAACAUGCUGUUUCCUAAACUCAUCUCCUUAAACUCGGCUCAUUUUGACUUUGCGGGCUGUAACUUCUCAGAGAAGAACAUGUACGCCAAAGACAAGCGGGACGGACAAUCUAAGGAGGGCAGCGGACGAGUGGCCAUCUACAAGGCCUCGGGCAUCAUUCACAGCUACACGUUGGAGUGCAAUUACAACACGGGGCGAUCAGUGAACACUGUUCCUGCAGCCUGUCAUGAUAAUGGGCGGGCAACCCCUCCGCCUCUCCCAACAUUCCCCUCUAAAUACACCGCGGAGCUGUUUGAGCAGGUUGGAAGGGCCUUGGCAAUCGCAGUGCUGGACAUGGCGGAAUGCAACCCCUGGCCGCGGAUUGUCCUGUCUGAACACAGCUGCCUUAGCAACCUGCGAGCCUGGAUGUUGAAGCAUGUGCGCAGCAUGAGGGGCUUGGCAGGAUACACCCGGAGGAAGGGCAACAAAACCCCACCUAAGGGGGGCAAUGUGCUUUCUGCCUCCUGUUCUGAGAAUUCUCUGUGCCGCACCAGGAGCUUCAGCAAUGGCACCAGUGGGAGCAGCAGCAGCCAGCAGAUGUCUCCCCAACUCAAGACCUCUCCCAGCUUCACCUUCAACUGCUCCCGUUCUCCUGCCCCUGCAGGCGUGGGCACGAGCCAGAGCCCCCCAAAAGGGGUCUCGAGGGUGCUGUCCCUUGUACGAGAGCCUCGAGUCCAAGAGAAGCGGCGCCAUCAGCAUCAGCAUCAGACUUUGCUGCGAACCGCAGUGAGCAGCAUCCAGGUGCCUCCUCCUCUCCCUCCCUCAAGCCGGACAGUCUCCCACCUCCAGCUGCCUCCCAGUCUCAGUUCCUGUCCCCUGUCAGCCACAAUCAGCAUGCCAGGGUCUAACCAGCAAGGACUACUCAUGAGUACCAAGGCAAAUACCUUAGCAGCUUCCUGCCAUGGACUGCAAAAGGCAGAGCGUCCCAGAGAAGGGAUACAGGCACCUCCACCCUGUGGCCUAGCACUACUACAGAAUCUCUCAAGGCGACUGAACAGUGAGAAGCUACGAGAGCCUUCCAGCGUGGAGAUACUGGUACCUCGACCCAGCAGGAUCCCCAUCCGCAGAAAAGCCCAAACCCAGCACCUGCUCAGGCUUCAGAGCUGCAGCAAUGACUCUUCUCUGAAAGUGUGGAAAUACACACCAUCCCAGUUGCCAGCGCAGAGUUCUCUGCCAGAAUUCCAACUGAAAGUGCCAGCCCUGACUGUAACAAGCCAGAGGGAAGAGCCACUUUUUCUGUGCAACACACCCAAGGCUGUGUUGGAUGAGCAUCUCGCGGGGCGCACAGAUUCCCCCCAACUCACCUACCACAAGAUCCUGUCUUUCUGCACAGAGGCCUGACUUGCCAGGGGAGAUUCUGCAGCUGCAGCCAACCUGUUCCAUCUCCUCAGGAUCCUCCACCGCGCAGCACAUCAGGCAAAAGACGACUCCACCUUCCUCCUUACUGCAGGGGAGACCCGUCAAGACACCCAAGUUCCCAGCCCAUCUGUCAACGUGCUCCUAUCCCUGUCCUUUUAAACCAAAGCUGCUCUUUGGGCUGCAGCAGCCACUGGUGCUGACUUGGAGCCCCCCUUCCACACCCUGCUUGCAGUCAGCUGCACAAGACCUCAAAGGCCUAAAAGGUAGAGCCAGGCCAGUCUUCCUGGAGCCCCUUUCUUGGUUAACUUCACCAGGGCCCGGAGACCUGUCUCCCUUUGGUCUAUGGAUGUUCCAACACAAAAAAAGACUAAAAGACUGUCGAGGUGGAUUCCAUCUGGCGAUCUCAGCGAGACCAGCUCUCCCACCCAGAGUACAUCUCAACCAGCAAACCCUAGAACGUUGUGUUUGGAGCCUCUCUGAAGGCCGAUUCACCACAAAGCCAGCCUCCCAUCCUCCCCCAGACCCACAGGCAGGAGUCACCACCUUAGGCCAUUUCUGCAGCUGUACAUAGUUGGUUACUGGGUUGGAAG